AACCCCGGAAGUAAUAUUGUGUAUGCGUGGAGGGAAUAAUGAUGGAUGAUGGCGAAAGAUAGGAAAGUUAGAAUGCAGUAGAUAUUUUGUUGUAUUGUUGUUAAUUAACGUGUUACAAAAAUGGUUACGAAUAUAUGUCUGUUGUAACAGUAACAUUCUUGAGUACAGAACAGUCGGUUAUUCAUGUUCAACCGUUUCUGUCUGUUGCUUAAUCUGCGGUUUUAUCUUGACUAACCUAGGCCUUAAAGGCUUAAGGGGUUAGCCUAGCGGAGGUAGGCUAGAGCACCCGUCUAGAGACCUUAGCGACCGGCGAUAUUCCGCAAUGUCCGUAGGCGUUCUUGGGAUGAAAACCCACUCGUCUGGUUUCGAAUAUGAACGAUCAAGACUGUUACCAGCAUCAGGACAAGUUCAGAAUGUACCGAAUGCAAGAGUCUAUAUAUUUGGUGACGCAGAUGUGUCAGAUGAAGAGGUUAAUGUGGAUGAUGAUAACUCGAUUGAACUGACGCAAUUGAGAACUAGAAAGAAAAAAUUAAAACGAGGGAAGAAUCAUGUAAAAAAGGAAUCAAAUGAACAUGUUUUAUUGGAGAGAGAAAUCAGACCAUCUGACAGUUUAUCAGGAUUUGCAUUACAAUAUUCAGUUCCCGUUUCUGAGUUAAAAAGAAUUAAUAAUCUGAUUAAAGACCAAGAUUUUUAUGCAUUAACAAAAUUAAAAAUUCCGGUAAAGCGUCAUGGACUCUUAACAGAAAUUAAAGAAGAGGAGAAGCGUAGGCAGUUACAAGGUGAUGAUCAAGCCGGACCAUCAAAUUCAACCGGUUUGGAAGAAUAUAGGACUUUUAGUGAUGAAGAUGAUGAGGAGGAAGAGUUAUUUAGUGUGCGAAAAAUUAGUAUACGAGACGCCAUUUGCGAUGGCGAAGCUAAACAGUUCUUACGAAACAUGGAUCGUGAUUUGAAACGUAUUCAGACAGCAACAUCUUCUAAGAAGGAGUCAUUAGACGAGGUGCUGUCGAUGUUGACUGAGAAACGUAUACAUCCCUUCCAGCCAAACAAUCGGCAGACAUUUUGUGACGGAGCAACAUGUGGAUUAAAAUGGUGGACAAUGGUUAUAUUAUUUUUUUUUAUAGGAAUAUUUAUACCUGCAUUUUUUUAUUAUGCUUGGUCGAUACAUGAAAGCAAAGAACAUCAAAGCAAUACAACACAUGGUCAGAGCACGUAGCACAUAAAUGUAAACUGUUAAGUAAAAUGGGUUACUUUCAAACUGAUUUUUUUUUUUAACUUAUUUUCUAAAAAUGAUACAUCUCAUUAUUCAGGCAGUAAAAUACAGUAUACUGUACACAUUUUGAUUGACAUAUCAUUACAUCAUCUGCUUACUCUUCAAUUGGGUAAAUAGGAGUGUCCCUAUAGAUUGUUAAUUGGUCAAAGCUGUUACACUAUGAUUAUUAAAAUUUAAAUUCAGCCAGUCCAUAGUGAAUUAUAUCUGAAUUUCCUGCAAUGUUAAUUUAAAGUUUAAAAAAUGUUUUUAGGUUUGUUAAUUUAAAAGUUAAAUUAAAAAUGUAUCAUUUUCACAUAUGAUCAACUCAAUAUAAACUCUUCAGACUUGUCAAUAUUGCAAUAUUUUUUUUCUUACUAUUUUAGUUAAAUGUUAUAAAUUGUUAAUUUCCUGUAUGUUUGAAUGCUUCAUUUAUUAUUGAUGUUAAGUUAUUAAGAUAUCAGACAAGUUUUAAUUAUAAAUAUUAUGGAAUGAUAUACAAUGCACCUUCCACAAAGCCCCGCCCCUUGUUGCUAAGGUCUCACAUACGUUUGUGGAACAAAAGCAUGUUCUUAUUGAUGGUUCGAUUGGUCAGUUGGGCAGCAAAAAUUUGGGAAGAUGCCACCUCUGAGCCCACCGCUAUAUUUUUAUAAGAGGGAAGUUGGUAAAUAUUACAAUUCAUAUUAAUUUUAUUGAAGGGUGCUGAUAAAUUUGAUCAGCAUACUUCUGCAAAGUUGUGUAAAAUGUUUUUUAAAAUUAAAUAAUAUGAAGUAUUGAUAAAACAAGUAUUCACUAGUUAAUUAAAGGGGAGCAUUCGGUCAUUAACACUGUCUGAGCUGAGUUAAAAUAAACAAAUAUUUUCACAUUUGAAAUUCACACAAUAUCAUUCAAAUAAUUAUUUUGAUCUGUGAUUUAUUGGAAGUUACCGUAACUAUAAAUCAGCAAUUCAAGGAUUUUGGUUUUCUGAACAGCACCCUUUUCUAACCGUGCAUGCUUGAAUUUAUCUUAAUUAAAAUUUUCCAUUUACUGCUAAUAUACAAUCAUUAGGUUUCUUUAAAUUGAAUUAUGUGUGUGUUUUAUUCAAAAUUUUAAUGAAUUAUUCUAGUACUUACUAAUCUUAGGUACACAGGGCCAAAUGAUAGCCCAAAAGGCAUAAUUUCACUUGGAGGUUUGAAUGGUCUGGCCAACUGUGCGAGAUGUUAUUCCAACCAACAUUGGUGUAGGUUUCUCCCCUUGAUAAUUUUUUUAUCAAUGCUAUACUUGUACUGGUUAUGUUAUAUUUUAUCUUUAUAGUACAUAAAAAUUUGUUUUUCAGUGUGAAAAUCAUGGAGGUAUAAAGAGUAUUUCUUUCAACAGGCAUCAUACAGUAUGAAGGUUUUAAAAUUGAAGCAUAGUAUUUUAAAAAGUUUAUGAUAUAUGGUUGUAAAUAAAAAAACACAAAUUAUAUUGUAUGACUAAUAAAGUACAAUCAAGAAAUUUAAA